CUGUCUUCCCGUCAGCGUGCUGGGUGGAGCGAGCGAGGAUUGUGUGUAUGAACCGACGUGACAGACGAACACUUGUGCUUGUGAGACAACCUGACAACAGGAAGUAGGAAUUGAAAAAAUGGGCUCCCUAUAUCGUCUGUAGAGUCAAGAGCAACAAUGUCAAACACCACCUUCAACUCGGAAGAAGGGCGUUUCUGCCCCCUGCUUCAGCUCAUGCAGAAGAACGCCCUGAACAACCACACCAGCUCCAACUGGAUUGUGGUUUGCUUCCAUGGCCUGAUCUCCUGCUUGGGCAUACUGGAAAACGCUUUGAUUCUGUGGGUGGUGGGUUUCCGCCUUCAUCGCCGUACCGUGGCCUCGGUCUGGGUGCUCAACCUGGCCAUGUCCGAUUUCCUCGCCACCCUCACACUUCCCCUCUUCACCCUUUACCUGAACUCCUCUCAUAGCUGGGAGCUGGGCAACCCGCUCUGCAAAAUACAAGCGUCCAUAUUUUUCCUGAACAUGUUCGUGUCCGCCUUCCUGCUGGCCGCCAUUUCACUCGACCGCUGCUUUCUGGUUUCCAAACCAGUGUGGUGCCAGAACCAUCGAUCUGUGGCGGGAGCGUGGAGGGUGUGCCUGCUAGCUUGGUUAUGGGCCGCCGUCAACACAUUCCCUUACUUCCUGUUCCGCUCCGUGACCGAGACGGUGGAUGACAGGAAACUGUGCUAUCACAAUUUCGCCUUGUAUUGGUCGUCCGAAGCCACGCUGGAAAAAGACUGCGAAGUGCGCCAAACGGCGACGACCGUCUCAAAGGUGCUGCUGGCGUUCCUGAUUCCCCUUGCGGUGAUCGCUGGAAGCUACAUCAGGAUCGGUCUCAGCUUGAUGAACAGGAACCGCAGGUGGACCCAGCAGAGCACCAGGUUGCAGACGUCAUUAAUGGGCUCGAAUCAUCAGGACGGAUCAAAUCCUUCAAAGACUAUUUCUCCAAAGCGGACAACCUUUGGUCGAUCUUUAUCUUUGAGUCCUACGUCCUUGUCUCCUCUCAACAAUCACAGCCAGCUGUCCCAGAGCUUCACUAAAAUGGUGACUUUAGUGAUCACGGUAUUUGCAUUGUGCUGGGCUCCCUAUCACAUCUUCUGUGUGAUCGAGGUGUCCGCCCUUUACCGCAAAGAAAACCUCCAACUGGUCGAAGUCGGACUGCCUUUCGCCACAACCUUUACCUUUCUGAAUCCGGUGUUGAAUCCCAUAGUGUACGCCUUCAGCUGCCCACACUUUUGUGUGCGAAUACGACAAAGUCUGGGAGCCGUCUUCGAUGGACUCGUCGAGGAGGGAGGAGGGAAACUGUUAGGUCCCACGCGAAGUUUACAAGCCCAUAUCAGAGAAAGGAGCAGACAAGGUGUUACGCCUCGAUCGCCGUCGAGUCCAAAAUCAGCAAAGAGUCAGCCUGGCUCUCCACCCAUCUACCUGCCUUCUGACAACCAAUAUGAGGAAACACAAUCAAGACAACAAUGAUUAUGACUUUGCGUCUGAUGCAUACCGCACCCAAAUAAAGUGGGCCUCUUUAUAUGUU